GUCCCACACAACCUCAACUUCAUAGACACAGUCUCUUUUCAUCUUCAAGACUUCCUGUAUCCCACUUCACAUUCCCUUUAAUAUGACAAAUGGAAUUGUAAAUGGUAGCACUGGCCUGGAGAACUCGUUUGCUUCUCUCGGUAUCAAUGGUCAAAAAUCUGCAUAUGUACCUCCUCAUCUGAGGAGUCAGCAGCGGGCUGCUUCUACUCCCGUGGUUCCUACCAACGGGAACGGCUGGAACGACUCCCGCUCAUCGACUCCUUCACGCGGCGGACUUAGUAGCGGCAGAGGCGGGCUCGAUAGAGGUGGUGGCUCGUCAUUCUCUCGCGGUGGCGGAGGAUGGGGAGGAGAUCGCCCGCAGUCUGGUGGCGGAGUCUACAGUAAUGACAAGAGGGAGAGGGGAGGGGAUGGUCCAAAGGAGACCUUUGGUUACGGCACCUGGAAGGAUGGUCAGCAUAUCCCUGGUGGACGCAACAUGCGGAUGGAGAAGGAACUCUACGGCGAUCUGAACGACCCCUCGAAGCAACAAACUGGUAUCAACUUCGAGAAAUACGAUGAUAUCCCUGUUGAAGCAAACGGUGCUGGCGUGCCGGAACCUGUGACGGCUUUCACCAACCCGCCCCUCGACCCUGUUCUCCUUGAGAACAUUGGUUACGCUCAUUACACCACCCCCACUCCUGUACAGAAGUAUUCGAUCCCUAUCGUCGCAGAAAGCAGGGACCUUAUGGCUUGCGCACAGACCGGUUCUGGCAAGACUGGUGGAUUCCUCUUUCCCAUCCUUUCAGCGUCCUUCAAGACCGGCCCCCUCGCCCCUCCGGCAGAGGCGCAGAACGGCGGUUAUGGACGCUCUCGCAAGGCAUACCCCACAGCUUUGAUUCUUGCCCCCACUCGUGAGCUUGUCAGCCAGAUCCACGAAGAGGCGCGCAAGUUCUGCUAUCGCUCUUGGGUCCGCCCCGCUGUGGUCUACGGUGGUGCCGAUAUCAACCAACAAAUUCGUCAGGCCGAGCGCGGCUGCGACUUGCUCAGCGCCACCCCUGGACGUCUCGUCGAUCUCAUCGAGCGCGGACGCAUCAGUCUUGCGAACAUUCGCUACCUUGUUCUUGAUGAGGCUGAUCGUAUGCUCGACAUGGGCUUUGAGCCUCAAAUUCGCCGGAUCGUCCAGGGCGAGGACAUGCCUGGUACCCAAGACCGCCAGACGCUCAUGUUCAGUGCCACCUUUCCCCGUGACAUUCAGGUUCUCGCUCGCGACUUCAUGAAGGACUACGUCUUCCUCUCCGUUGGUCGUGUCGGCUCGACGUCAGAGAAUAUCACCCAAAAAAUCGAGUAUGUCGAGGACCCCGACAAGCGCUCGGUUCUCCUUGACAUCCUCAGCGCUCAGGAUGAGGGUGGCCUCACCCUUGUCUUUGUGGAGACUAAGCGUAUGGCCGACAUGCUCUCUGAUUUCCUGUAUACCAACCGGAUCGCUGCUACAUCCAUUCACGGCGACAGAUCGCAGCGCGAGCGCGAGACGGCUUUGCAGACGUUCCGUACUGGUCGUACGCCCGUCUUGGUCGCCACCGCCGUCGCCGCCCGCGGUCUCGACAUCCCCAAUGUCACUCACGUCAUUAACUACGACCUGCCUUCUGACAUCGACGACUACGUCCAUCGUAUCGGUCGUACCGGUCGCGCCGGUAACGUCGGUAUCUCGACUGCCUUCUUCAAUCGUGGUAACAAGAACAUCGUCCGCGACCUUAUCGAGCUCUUACGCGAAGCCAACCAGGACACCCCGGCUUGGCUUGAGACCGUCGCUCAGGAGUCAUCCUUUGGCGCGAGUUAUGGACGUGGCCGUGGUGGUCGCGGUGGUCGUGGUGGUGGACGCUCUACGUCCACUCGGGACUACAGGACUGGCGGCGGCGGCUUCGGCGGCAGCCGUGGCGGCGGUGGUGGUGGUGGUGGUGGUGGUGCCGGUGCCGGUGGUCCUCAGUACGGCGGCUACGGUGGCGGCGGCUACAGCAACGGCGGCAGCGGGGGUAAUGGAUGGUGGUAAAUCCACUACGCACGACUAUGCAUUCCCUCAUUCCACGUUCUAUGUUUGAUUGUCUAUGCAUCUCCCUCUCUUGGAUCAUCACCACGAUUCUACGACUCCAUGCCCUUUUCCCUGAUCCCUUUCGAAAAUCUCAUCGGCCAGGCGAAACUGUUUUCUAUGCUCUCGUAUCCCGGACCCUGCGCUGCUCUCGUGUGGUUCUGCUUGUCUCGUUGCAUUCUCUGCUCAUUGUCUACUGUACGGCCCUAUCUUAUUCCUCGUCACUGUUUUCAUAGUUUGGGCGCACUAAUAUCUCCAUAGCAUUGACAUCUCACCGGCGCCCUCCAUCCCCAUCAUCUCCCAUUUGCAUUAGACGUAGAGGGCCUUAUAUUCCUCAGCAUGAGCAGACAAGUACUGUCUGUCUUCGUUUCGCGAUACCCUGAUUUAUUGCGACGCGCAGUCGGACAUUCUAUAUCCUAGCAUCACGAGACAAUCUGUUAGAGCAUCGCAAUUGUAACGUAGUUUAGCAUUAUUCUCUCAGUCUAACAUUGGUCGUUG